UGUUUUGGAGUCCUAUUGUAAUAAGGAGGUCGUUGUAUCCAGGGAGGGAGAGACGUUUGACAUUGGAAACUUGAAGCACCAAUAAGAGACAAUUUCAUCUUAAGGAGAUAUAACCAAGUUCUAAACUUGACCGUAUUCUGAUUUUUCUAAACUUAUCUUUGUACUAUUGUAUGAUUUAUUUUAAGCUUUAGUUUUAGAAUUUAUUUAUAUGGUUAAAUUCUGAUUUAGACUGCUAUAAUAUAUGAGCCUCCUGCCUUGACCUCAACACAUCAACCAUGGAAGAAGAAGUGAAGCUAAUAGGGUUUUGGCCGAGCCCAUAUGUUUACAGAGUGAUAUGGGCUCUAAAGCUCAAGGGUGUGAAAUAUGAGUACAUAGAAGAAGACGUUUCAAACAAGAGUGAAUUGCUUUUGCAGCUCAACCCAAUUCACAAGAAGGUCCCGGUGCUUGUUCAUCGCGGCAAACCGAUUGCUGAGUCCCCUGUCAUCCUUGAAUACAUUGAAGAAACUUGGCCGGGGAAUUAUCUUCUGCUGCCUCAAGAUGCUCACGAAAGAGCCUCCGCGCGGUUUUGGAUCCAAUGUUAUGUGUAUCAAGCUCCCAUUUUUGGUCCGUUCUUUGAAUUAACUGCCGGGGAAGAGCGAGAAAAGACAAUAAAAGCAGUAUUGGAAAACCUGAAAAUAUUGGAAGAGCAAGGCCUCGGAGACAAGAAGUUUUUUGGGGGUGAAACUAUAAGCUUGGUAGACAUAACACAUGGUUGGUUGCCUCACUGGUUUGAGGCCAUUGAAGAAAUGGUUGGUGUCAAGGUUCUGGGGGCAAGCACUUUGCCUCGGCUGCAUGCAUGGGUUCAGAAUUUCAAGCAAGUUCCUGUGAUCAAAGACAACCUUCCUGACUACCAAAAAUUGCUGGCCCAUAUGACAUGCCUGAGGAAAUCGCGUGUCCCUGAUCAAGUCUGAAACUACCAAGUCAUAUAUAUAUUUUGUAUGCUCUAUGAAUUCCUUUGUUUUCAAUUUGUAUGCUCAGUAUGGACCAAUGUUUAUCAUGA